AUGCUCAGUUCUGCCAUCCCACCGGGUUUUCUCGCACGUAAGAGUAAAAUUUUGGCGGAUCUGUCUGUGCCGGACGAUCAGUAUACCGAUCUUUCUCCGAAGGGCUCGAUUGACGAAGGGAUCCGGGAACUGAUUCGAGAUGUCAACGCCCUCGAAGGUCUCGUGACCACGAGUAGCUGUGCGGGUAGGGUGAGUGUGUUCGUCGAGGGCAGCAAGAAGAGGAAGGAGAAGAGCAAAAGACCCAGUCAUGAGAGCGAUUCUCGUGCGAAAAAGCACUCUGCAGAAGGCGAUGACGAUGAUGAUGAUGAUGAUGAUGAUGAUGAUGAUGAUGAUGCUAUCAGCCGUGUAAAGCAGGAGCAGCCGCAGCCGCAGCAAGAGAAGGAAAAGGAGAAGGAACGAACCUUUGCAGCUUCGGGCGGGAAAGGAGAAGGGCAUUGGCUGUUCGUUUCUCAUGAUCCUGUCAUCUUAGAUAAAACAGGGAAGAAGUCUUUCCAUGAGUUGUUUGGACUCGUCCCUGGAGACGGGACACCCAGGAUGCAGAAGGCAGAUGGCUCGAGAGAGGGCAUCCGUCUUGUGCGCUUCCAUUUCGAACCCAUGAUCCUCCACAUCAUGGCAGCCACCCUCAAACACGCCCAGCCCGUCCUUUCCGCUGCUUCAAGUGCCGGUUUCCGGGAAAGCGGUCUUCAAAGUCUUCGUUGCCUGGACUUUAUGAAUGAUAAGCCGGAUCACCAGCAGUCAGACGCUGCGGCCAGCCCCAUCGUCGCUGUCCGCUCGUCAGGGUUGUCUCUUGAGUCGAUCAUCGGGUAUUGCGAGGAAGACAACAACGAUGACGACCAUGAUAGCAGUGAUGAACCACCCGUCAUCCGUAGCCUCGUGACAGAAGAAUACCUCCAGAUGCUCGUCGCGUUGGCGAAUGAGCGGUUUAUAGUGAAUACAGAGCGAGUCGAUCGGUUCCGCACAAGGCUUUUGGAGCUCUGCUCAGGACCCCUAUCAUCAUCACCAACAACUACGAUAACUACUCAGAGACACAAGGGGAAGAAGCCCCCAGAUUGGGAAGACCCGCAAGCACGCAGGGAACGGAAAAGAGCAGAGGGGCUAAAGAGGAAGAAGGAAGCCGCCCAGCAGAAGAUGGAUGAUCUACAGGGGCAAACUGCCUCGCAGUUGGAUGACGAUGAUACUGAAAUGGGAAUUGACUUCUAA